CCCGCCCGCCCCGGCGGAGCGGGGCUGCCGAGGUGAAAGGAGGCGGCCUCACGGGGUGCGGGGGAGAGAGCAGGCCUCGGGGUGAACCUCGGGCCCCCCCUGCACACACGCGCAAACACCCUGCGCUCCCGCCCUGCAGGGGAAGGGAGGAGGCCGGUCGCUGUCACCACCCGCGGCCCAGAGAAAGGAGGGCGCCGGGCCGCUGGAUAGCGCGGGCCGCUCGGCACGGCACGGCGCACCGGGCCCGGGCCCGCACCGUGGGCUAUUAAGAUAUUUUUUCCACCUGAUGGAGAAGUGUGAAAGCUAAUAUUUGACCCUGGGCUUGGCAAUGUGUGCUGUGAAAAUUGUUGGAAAACUUGUAAUUUAGAGCCAAGGACAGUUGAAUGGGUAAUGAGAAUAUUUCAAUCUUUUCUGUGGAAAGAGAACAAGUUGGGGAAAACCAGUUCCCUUCUUAGAAGGCUUCAUGUAGAAGUAUGGGGAUCCUAGGAAUCAUUAGAGAGUGAUUCCCGUAGUGGUCGAGGCAUUCUGCAGCAUUUCACCCAAGAAGCAGGGACCUGGUGUGACCCUCCUGUGAGAGUGAGCUUCAGCAGUGCUGUAAAAAUACUUUAUAUUGCCACAGACAUCUGAAUUGGUAAAAUGGCAGCCCAUGAAGCCUCCCAUCACCAACAGCAGGCAGCACAGAACAGCUUGCUGCCCCUCCUGAGCUCUGCUGUGGAGCCCCCUGAUCAGAAACCUUUGCUUCCAAUACCAAUAACUCAGAAACCUCAGGCUGCACCAGAAACAUUAAAGGAUGCCAUUGGGAUUAAAAAAGAAAAACCCAAAACUUCAUUUGUGUGCACUUACUGCAGUAAAGCUUUCAGGGACAGCUAUCACCUGAGGCGCCAUGAGUCCUGCCACACAGGGAUCAAAUUGGUGUCCCGGUCAAAGAAAACCCCCACCACAGUGGUUCCCCUUAUCUCCACCAUCGCUGGGGACAGCAGCCGAACUUCGUUGGUCUCAACCAUUGCAGGCAUCUUGUCAACAGUCACUACAUCUUCCUCGGGCACCAACCCUAGCAGCAGUGCCAGCACCACAGCUAUGUCAGUGACCCAGUCUGUCAAGAAACCCAGUAAGCCUGUUAAGAAGAACCAUGCUUGUGAGAUGUGUGGGAAGGCCUUCCGAGAUGUGUACCACCUCAAUCGGCACAAGCUGUCCCAUUCAGAUGAAAAACCUUUCGAGUGUCAUAUUUGUAAUCAGCGCUUCAAGAGAAAGGACCGGAUGACUUACCAUGUGAGGUCUCAUGAAGGAGGCAUCACCAAACCCUAUACUUGCAGUGUUUGUGGGAAAGGCUUUUCGAGGCCUGACCACUUAAGCUGUCACGUAAAACAUGUCCAUUCAACAGAAAGACCCUUCAAAUGCCAAUUUUCCUCCCUCAUGCAGACGUGCACUGCUGCCUUUGCCACCAAAGACAGACUACGGACCCACAUGGUGCGCCACGAAGGCAAGGUAUCAUGUAACAUCUGUGGGAAGCUCCUGAGUGCAGCAUACAUCACCAGCCACUUAAAGACACAUGGGCAGAGCCAAAGCAUCAACUGUAAUACAUGUAAACAAGGCAUUAGUAAAAUAGCAUGCAUGAGUGAAGAAACCAGCAGCCAGAAGCAACAGCAGCAGCAGCAGCAGCAGCACGUAACAAGCUGGCCGGGGAAACAGGUAGAGACCUUGAGACUAUGGGAAGAAGCUGUCAAAGCAAGAAAGAAAGAAGCUGCUAACCUGUGCCAAACCUCCACGUCUGCAACGACACCUGUGACUCUCACUACUCCAUUCAAUAUAACGUCCUCUGUGUCAUCUGGGACUAUGUCAAACCCAGUCACAGUGGCAGCUGCAAUGAGCAUGAGAAGUCCAGUAAAUGUUUCAAGUGCAGUUAAUAUAACUAGCCCAAUGAACAUAGGGCACCCUGUAACUAUAACCAGUCCACUGUCUAUGACCUCUCCUUUAACACUCACUACCCCAGUCAACCUCCCUACCCCUGUCACUGCCCCAGUGAAUAUAGCACAUCCAGUCACAAUCACGUCUCCGAUGAACCUGCCCACACCAAUGACAUUAGCUGCCCCUCUUAAUAUAGCAAUGAGGCCUGUAGAGAGCAUGCCUUUCUUACCCCAAGCUUUGCCUACAUCACCACCUUGGUAAACAGUAUUAUAAAAUCAAAACAUGGGUUAAAGCAAAUAUUUACCAGCAACUUUUAGUUUAUUAAAGCAAAAAGUAAACCAUGAAAUUGGGAGAUUGUAUUACAUUAGCUAAUAAUAGUGUAGCAUUUUCUCCAAUUUGACUGGGAUCGUUCAAAGUAGGGUGUGUAUGUAACUUAUCACUGGACCACUUUAGUUUAAUCAGAAAUUCCUUUUAGCUGACAGCAUUGCUUCAACAGGAUAGUAGUUGGCAAGAUGCCAGAAUUUCAGUCAAUCAUUAAAAAAAUAGCAAAACCCAUUAAAAAAAAGAGACAGCAUUACGAUUUCUAAUCCCAGUAAAUCAUUUUAUUCUAAACACUAGCAUAACUAUUUCCCCUAUACAAAGUGGAUGGCUGAUUUCAACUCAAAAUUCUAAAUCCACAGAUUAAGAGCUAGUGUAGAAUUGUCUCUGUGUGUGUUUUUUUAUGAAUAAAUACAUGCAUUGUCAUAAUAAAAUGCAUUUCAGAGAAUAUGCAUUUUACCUUUGGGAAUAUGUUAAUUUCAGGCAGCAUUCCCUAUGGGAAAGGUGAUACCAGCUCUGAUAUGCAAAGCAUAUGAUAAUUUAUCAUUCUAACUUCAACAUAUAAUAGGGAUUGUGACCUGAUAUUUGGAGAUGUAAAUAUUGCUCAGCAUACUAAUCCUGAUGGAAUAUAGCAUUGUAGUUGACUUUUUUAAAAAAAAAUUUUAAAAAUAAAUAAAAAACAAAAUAUAUAAAUUGUGUUUUGGUAAGAAAAGACCGCAACUGAUGAAGAAGGUCAAAAAAGUGCAGAGAGGCCGACUCCUAAUUGAAGGAGGCCAAUGGGACUCCUGUUCAGGAGCCAAGGAAUUCUCUGGAACAGUUAAAAUAUAUAUAUAUUGCUUUAAAUUGGAAGACGCUGGAGGCACUGGGAUGUGACAUGCCCCUCUCUCCCAAUCAAAGCCUGUUGGUAUUGCAACAGGGACAGAUGUGUUAGUCGCUCACUAGAGUUUGUCUUAUAUUAAAUUGUAUACAGUUUUUAUUCUAACCACUAACUAGGUAGUAUACCCCUUCAGAACAAGCAGAGUGUACCUUUUAUUUUUCCUUCCAUUUCUUAAUCAAGUAUUGUGCAGAUUUGUUCAGCUUUGUAAAUAAUGGACACCAUGGUUGUUUUUUUUUUUUUUUUUUUUUUCUUUUGAGAAAACACUUGUAUCAGCUUUGUGGUGUUUUCGGGGAGAUAGCUUUUUGCACUCCCUGUAGAAACCCAGCAGUGAUUGUGCACGUUAAGUAAGACAUGUGCUUUUUAUUUCUUAGCAGGAUGUUCUAUCUCUGUACAUAAAGUAGAAACCAAAAGCUAGGGAAACAGACACUCUAUGUUCUCUCUCUUUUUUUUGGAAACAUACUGUACACCAUCAUGCCACACAUUAAUUUUUUUAAAGCAUUAUGCUACUAUGUUUUUAAAAAAGAUGUUACUAAAACCAAGAGGCUGUGAUUUUUUUUCUUAUGUUGCAUUUUUUUCAUUUUUUAAUCUUACAGUUAAAUGGAAAUGAGUUGUGUUAAUCUUGCAAAAUGUUUGCAGGACUAUCAAACUGGAUGACUUCCGUUUAUACCCCACUGUGUCAGUUUAAGCAUCAAAAUACCUUGCAUCCAAGGCAGACUUCCUACAUCAGGGACAGGUGUCUGUGUGUCAUUAUACAAAACAGUUCUAGGGGGUUGAACUACAUAGUAAAAAAAUAAAAUAAAAUAAAUAGUACUUAGUGUAAAAUAAUUUUAUAAAUGAUCUUUUGUACUUUAGGACAUUAAAUUGUACAACUUUUGUAUAUAUAUAAAAGCUUAGGAUCUUUCUGUUUAGCAGGAAGGCAAACACAUUCCUACACUUUUAAUGUAUAUGUUUGUUAU